AUGUCGUUACUUGGCACGGUCAACCCGAACGCUUAUGCGUCGGAGGAAAGCUAUGUCGCCGCCAUGGAGGCUCGUCGCCAUGACCCCGGAGCCUGCAUGAGUAUGUCGAACGCCAGUACCAUGAUUCCCGAUAACUACGAAGCCAUCGAUGAGGCGCACGCCGAUAUUGAAGUGCGCAGCUUAGCCCAACAACUCACACGUCAAUCAACGCGGCAUUCAAUCGCGUUGGAUGUUGCCGAACAAAACACCUUCGCCGAGAUCGAUGAGGACUCGACCCUCAACCCCAACAGCAGCAACUUCAAGGCCAAGCAUUGGAUGAAGAACUUCUUGGCUAUCAACUCUCGUCACGGCGACAAGGACCUCAAGCGCGAGGCUGGCCUUGCAUUCAGAAACCUAAGCGUUCACGGAUUUGGAAGUCCCACCGAUUACCAGAAAGAUGUCGCCAACUCGAUUCUGGAGAUCGGUGCCUUGAUGCGCGCCGUGGCUGGAACCGGCAAGCAGAAGAUUCAGAUUCUCCAGAACUUCGACGGUCUGGUAAAGAGCGGAGAGAUGCUGGUUGUUCUCGGUCGCCCUGGAUCCGGUUGCUCGACCUUCUUGAAGACCAUUGCCGGAGAGAUGAACGGCAUCUUCAAGGACGAUCUCUCUUAUAUGAACUACCAGGGUAUCUCGGACGAACAGAUGCGCACUCAGUUCCGUGGUGAGGCUAUCUACACUGCGGAGACUGAUGUGCAUUUCCCCCAGCUUUCUGUCGGAGAUACCUUGAAGUUCGCUGCUCUUGCACGCGCUCCCCGCAACCGGUUGCCCGGUGUCACUCGUGAGAAAUACGCGGAGCACAUGCGCGAUGUGGUGAUGGCUAUGUUGGGUCUUACCCACACCAUCAACACGCAGGUCGGUAACGAUUUCAUUCGUGGUGUUUCCGGUGGUGAGCGCAAGCGUGUCAGUAUCGCCGAAGCCACCCUUUGCGGCAGUCCUCUCCAGUGCUGGGAUAACAGUACUCGUGGUCUGGACAGUGCCAACGCUUUGGAGUUCUGUAAGACCCUGAACCUGAUGGCCAAGUACGCCGGAACCACCUGUGCUGUGGCUAUUUACCAGGCUUCCCAGAGUGCCUAUGAUGUCUUCGACAAGGUUACUGUGUUGUACGAAGGUCGCCAGAUCUAUUUCGGUCCCACCGACGAGGCAAAGCAGUUCUUCACUGAUAUGGGCUUCGAGUGCCCCGAGCGUCAAACCACAGCCGAUUUCCUCACCUCGCUUACCAGUCCCGCCGAGCGCGUUGUCAAGGAGGGCUAUGAGAAGGUCGUUCCCCGUACCCCCGACGACUUCGCCCUCGCCUGGAAGAAGAGUGAGGCAUACAGACAGCUCCAGGCUGAGAUUUCCGAAUACGACGACAAGUACCCCAAGGGUGGCGAGGCUUUCUCGAAGUUCGUCGAGUCUCGCAAGGCUAUGCAGUCUAAGAACACUCGUACCAAAUCCCCUUACACCAUGUCCGUUGUCGAACAGGUCGAUCUCUGCGUCCGUCGCGGUUUCCAGCGUUUGAAGGGAGAUGCCAGUUUAUCCACAUCUGCCUUGAUUGGUAACUUUAUCAUGGCCUUGAUUAUCGGAUCUGUGUUCUACCAAAUGCCAGAAGACACCUCCAGUUUCUACUCUCGUGGUGCUCUUCUCUUCUUCGCCGUCCUCCUGAACGCCUUCUCCAGUGCUCUCGAGAUCCUGACUCUUUACGCCCAACGCCCUAUUGUCGAAAAGCAAGCUCGGUACGCCAUGUAUCAUCCAUUCGCCGAGGCGAUCGCCUCUAUGCUGUGUGACAUGCCGUAUAAGCUGCUCAACUCGAUCACUUUCAACGUGCCGCUUUACUUCAUGACUCGUCUACGCCAGACCCCUGGUGCUUUCUUCACUUUCUUGCUCUUCUCCGUUAUUACUACCUUGACCAUGUCAAUGGUGUUCCGAACCAUCGCUGCUACCUCGCGAACCCUCUCUCAGGCUCUGGUACCCGCUGCCAUUUUGAUUCUGGGUCUGGUCAUCUACACCGGUUUCACCAUUCCUACUCGCAACAUGCUUGGCUGGUCUCGCUGGAUGAACUACAUUGACCCGAUUGCCUAUGGCUUCGAGUCACUGAUUGUGAACGAGUUCCACGGCCGUGAUUUCCCCUGUGCCAAAGAUGGUUACGUCCCUCUCGGACCUUCAUACCUCGAGGUCGGCAACUUCAACAGAAUCUGCUCGGCAAAGGGUGCUCAGGCUGGCGACACCUUCAUCAACGGUGACACCUACUUCAUUGACAGCUUCCAGUACGCCAAUAGUCACAAGUGGAGAAACCUGGGUAUCAUGUUCGGUUUCAUGAUGUUCUUCAUGGCAACUUACCUGAUCGGCACUGAGUACAUUUCCGAGUCCAAGUCCAAGGGUGAGGUUCUGCUCUUCCGUCGCGGUCAGGCCCCCAAGAAAGCCCCCAGCUCCGAUGACGAUAUCGAAAUGACUUCCAUGACCCCAACCGGUCGCAAGGAUGACGGUCCCGUUACCGACGCUGGAAUCCAAAGACAAACCGCAAUCUUCCACUGGCAGGAUGUCUGCUACGAUAUUCAGAUCAAGAAGGAAGAGCGCCGUAUCCUCGAUCACGUUGACGGUUGGGUCAAGCCUGGUACCUGCACUGCGCUAAUGGGUGUUUCCGGAGCCGGAAAGACUACUCUUCUGGAUGUUCUCGCCACCCGUGUAACUAUGGGUGUUGUUUCUGGUGACAUGUUGGUCGAUGGUCGCCCUCGCGACCAGUCCUUCCAGCGUAAGACCGGUUACGUCCAGCAACAAGAUCUUCACCUGCACACCUCCACUGUCCGCGAAGCUCUUCGUUUCAGUGCUGUCCUCCGUCAACCUGCCCACGUACCUCACCAAGAGAAGCUCGACUACGUUGAAGAAUGUAUCAAGCUUCUUGGCAUGGAGCACUACGCUGAUGCUGUCGUCGGUGUCCCCGGUGAAGGUCUCAACGUCGAGCAGCGCAAGCGUCUCACUAUUGGUGUCGAACUCGCUGCUAAGCCCCAGCUACUUCUCUUCUUGGACGAGCCUACUUCCGGUCUUGACUCUCAGACUUCUUGGUCCAUUCUCGAUCUCAUCGAUACCCUGACCAAGCACGGUCAAGCUAUUCUCUGCACCAUUCACCAGCCCUCUGCUAUGCUGUUCCAGCGUUUUGAUCGCCUGCUCUUCCUCGCCCGUGGUGGUAAGACUGUCUACUUUGGAGAUAUUGGUGAGAAGUCAUCCAUCCUCUCCGAUUACUUUGAGCGCAACGGUGCACCCACGCUUCCAUCCGACGCCAAUCCCGCUGAAUGGAUGCUGGAAGUUAUUGGAGCAGCCCCUGGAUCCCACAGUGAGAUUGAUUGGCCUGCCGUCUGGCGGGAAAGUCCCGAGCGCAGAGCUGUCCACAAGCACCUCGACGAGCUUAAGGGGACUCUCUGUUCGCGCCCCGUCGAAACGACAAACAACGACCCUACCGCUUUCAACGAGUUCGCCGCGCCCUUCUCUGUCCAACUUCGCGAGUGUCUGGUUCGUGUCUUCAGUCAAUACUGGCGCACUCCCGUCUACAUCUACUCCAAGAUUGCUCUCUGCUCUCUCACGGCUCUCUACAUCGGUUUCUCCUUCUUCCACGCCCAGAACAGUAUCCAAGGUCUCCAGAACCAGAUGUUCAGUAUUUUCAUGUUGAUGACUAUCUUCGGUAACUUGGUGCAACAAAUCAUGCCUCACUUCGUGACUCAACGCUCCCUCUACGAGGUCCGCGAGCGUCCAUCCAAGUCUUACUCCUGGAAGGCCUUCAUGACAGCAAACAUCGUCGUCGAACUCCCCUGGAACACACUCAUGGCCGUCCUCAUCUUCGUUUGCUGGUACUACCCCAUCGGUCUGUACCGCAACACGGAGUUGACACACGAUCUCCACGAGCGCGGUGCCCUGAUGUUCCUCCUGAUCUGGACCUUCCUCCUGUUCACCUCCACCUUCGCACACAUGGUGAUCGCCGGAAUCGAACUCGCCGAAACAGGUGGCAACAUCGCCAACCUGGUCUUCUCCCUUUGUCUGAUUUUCUGUGGUGUCCUCGCCACACCAGACAACAUGCCCGGCUUCUGGAUCUUCAUGUACCGAGUUUCACCCUUCACUUACCUCGUCUCCGCAAUGCUGUCCACCGGUACUUCCGGCGCUCGCGUUACCUGUGAGGACAUCGAGCUGCUUCGAUUCCAGCCUACCAGCGGCAAGAGCUGCGGCGAGUACAUGCAGGAUUACAUUUACGGAACCAGUUCCUCACCAGCUGCUGGUGGCUACCUGACCAACCCGAAUGCCACAUCCGACUGCUCAUUCUGCAGUAUUUCCGAGACAGACACUUUCCUUGCUGGUGUGAGCAGUCACUUCGAAGACGCAUGGCGCAACUUUGGAAUUAUGUGGGCCUUCAUCAUCUUCAACGUCUUCGGUGCUGUGUUCAUCUACUGGCUCGCCCGUGUUCCCAAGGGAUCUCAGAACAAGAAGAAAACUGCUUAA